UCAGAAAAAAAUGUGCACAGAGAAGGGAAACGGAAGUAGUUCAACAGGUCUUGUAUGGCAGGCGUAAUGGGCCAAAACACCUCAAGACCUACACGUAAAGAGCGAAGAUUUGACUGAGGUUCUGCACAGCCCAGACUUGUCGGUACAUGUCCUCUUUGGAGGGUCCUGUCCCACCAGGAGGGGGCUGGCCGGCCUGGUUUCAGCUUCCUGGUUGGUCGUCUCAUCAUGGACGGAAGAGACCCGCAGGCUGGAUGUGUGAAGACCCUGCAGAGGUUACCGGUCUGGAUCAUAGAGCAUGUGUGGGCUCACAAGAUCAUGGAUGUCCGAGAAGCUGUUGACUCGUCCAGCUGGCCAGAUGUGGAUUCUCAGCCUCUGAGCCUGGAGGACUCGUGGAGGCUGCGUGUCACCGCCGCACACGUCUUCGCCAUCAUGAAGAGCAGAGACGUGCAGAACUUUGGGAAAGUCUUGGGCUUUCUGGAAACCACUCACAAGCUGUUACCCCGACUGGUGCCGGCCAUCAAACACAUGAAGAUCCUGUUUGGUCUGAAGACCAUGAUCAUUAUGUGGAUGCUGAAGGAACACAAAGGAAUGGUUGAAACUGUGACCCAAAUACUGCGGUUCUUCCCACACAAACUCCCUCAGUACCAAGAUCAGUGUAGUCCACGAGAAAUGUUGGUCAUGAGAAAGAAUCACGUGGACUUCAGGAACCUGGCUCAAGCUCUGGCUGUAGACAAGGAGCGACUGGAGGAUUAUAUGAAGACUCAGAUGGAGAAGCAGUACGGAGAACGGUACGCUCAGAAGGUAGAAGAGCGGCUGCUGCACUACCUCCACCUGCUGGAGGCGGAGCUCCCGAGGGACACUUACAUUGCUGAGAUCAUGAGGAAAGACGGUCCAAUGACGGCGGAGGACCGAUUACUGUUGGAGUUAAUAACUUCCAAAUCUGAUACAAUCGCUGCGACACUGAGGACUCUGCUGCACUGUGAUCCUGCUGGCUGUCAUCCUGCUGGGAUUUCUCCAGAAAACAGACAAAGAGACGGAAGUUCAGAAGUCUCGGAGUCAUCCCUGUGUGGAAGUUCAUCUCUUCCUAACUUUGGAGAAGGCAAACGUCGGCUGGAGGUUCUGAGGAGGAGCACAGAUCCAGCUCGGGACCAGAACCGGAGUGCUGAUGGAGGACGGGAGCAUCCACAGCCGUGUGGGGAGGGGGGAACCCGGAGCAGAACCCAGAGCAGCUCGCCCCAGUUCUGCUCCAGACACCAGCGCUGGGUGAGGAGCAUCCUGCGCGGAUGUCCAGACGAGUCCUCAGAGGAACAGCAGAACCAGAACCAGACCAAACCCUCUUCCUCGCCUCUGCUCUUCCAGUCUUCCUCCUCCUCUUCAUCACAGGAUCUGACUCCGUCUGACCUCGUUCCCUGCCCCCCCCAGAAACCCGUCUCUCAGACUUCUCCUCCAGCAGCAGCAGAACCAGAGAAACAUGGAGCAGGUCCAAACUCAUUCGGAGACACUGCCCCGCCUUCUCUGCUGCUUCCAGUGAUCCGAUUGGUGGAUGUCGCCGCCAUGUGGUCCAGCUGCUCUGGUUCCAAAUCCUCUUCAGAACGUUUAGUUCUGCUCGGCGGGAAACGAUCCUGCAGUCCUCAGGUUCUCACUUCUCCACACUCUGCAGAACCUGUUCCACACAGGCAAACUGCUGCAGGAUCCCGGCCCGUUUCUGCAGGAUCCCGGCCCGUUUCUACAGGAUCAAGGCCCGUUUCUACAGGAUCAAGGCCCGUUUCUACAGGAUCCCGGCCCGUUUCUGCAGGAUCCCGACCCGUUUCUACAGGAUCCCGGCCCGUUUCUGCAGGAUCCCGGCCCGUUUCUGCAGGAUCCCGGCCCAUUUCUCCUCCUGCUGACCUUCAACCUCCAGCAAAAAAGAUUUUUUCCAAACUGUCCAGGAAGUUCAGACAUGCGGCUAAUGUUGAUGUUCCUGAGGCUCCAGGAGAUGUUCCUUCAUCGUCUUAUUUAGAUGUUCCUUCAACUUCUGCUUCCAAAUCCUUCAUUUUUGCAUCAGCUUCUCCUUCAAAACCAGAACUUUUUUCAUCUAAGUCGUCCCCAAAAGCUGUCCAGCAUAAACCUGUCAGACGUCACCGUCAGGGUCAAAGGACCAAACGUUUUGUGUCCAGAUUCACUCCAAACUCUUCAUCCGUCUCCUCCAGCUCUGGAGCUGCAGCUCAUAGAAACCAACUGUCCAGCCGAGCUGCAGAGCUGCAGUCUGACCGGCUGCAGCGUCUGCAGUCUGACCGUCUGCAGUCAGACCGUCUGCAGUCUGACCGUCUGCAGUCAGACCGGCUGCAGUCAGACCGGCUGCAGUCAGACCAGCUGCAGCGUCUGCAGACAGACCGGCUGCAGCGUCUGCAGUCUGACCGGCUGCAGCGUCUGCAGACAGACCGGCUGCAGCGUCUGCAGACAGACCGGCUGCAGCGUCUGCAGACAGACCGGCUGCAGCCCGUUGUGACUCUCACCAGACUGAGCACUGAGGAGUGUCAGCGACUAACCAGGAGAACCGCCACCGCCGCCGUGCGGAAAGACGCCACAAAACGAGGCAGCUGCGUUGAGGAACAGACCAGAGACACGGCAGAAAGCUCUGACUCCUCCUUCGACGUGAACGUUCUUUACUCCACUGGCUCCUCAGACGGCGAGGACUCGCGUCAUUCUGACUCCAGCUACAGACCCCGUGUAAAAGCUUUGUAAGAGUCUGAGAGUGGGCGGAGUCUGAGGGUGACCAGGACUUACCCAAUCACAGAUUCAGAGCGUAUGAUGAAGUUGAAAAACAAGAAUUGACCAAAAACGAUAAGACCGUUUUAAAGAACGCGAAUAUUUACGUUUACUGAGUGAAAAUUAUGAGAUUUACACCAUAAAUUAUUAAAACAAUUCUUUAAAAGUUCAUUCAAAAUCUUUACUAAAUGUGUCAAAGAUUUGGUGUUUUUAACCUCCGUUAUUUUUUUACUUUGAAUAGUAUUCUUCAAAAUGUUUUUCUAUGCUUGUUGAAUGUCAUAUUUGCUGUUAACUGAAGCCUUAGUGAAGCAAGAGUCAAUUAUGUAACAUCCUGUUUUCUGAUUAUGUUGCUGCUUUUCAAAAUAAGAGUUUAUUUCUCCAUUAAAAUGCAGUUUGUUUGUUUUUUUUUACAUUUGGAAUUUGUCUAAAAAUAGCAAAUCCAAAUAAAUCUGUCAGAAAUCUG